AUGCCCACCUCCCGCUCCCCCUACUUAUACUACAUCGCCCGCGCGUCCGGUCUCUUCGCCGCCGGCUUGGGCAUCAACGCCCUGCUAAAUCCUCGCGGCGCGCUCGCAAUGUGGGGAUUCCCACACCCGGGAGCCGUCGCCUCCUCCACGGACGAUCUGGACUCGCAACAACCACCACUUACUAACGUCGAAAUUACAAAAAUCAUCGACACCCCCGAAGGUCGCCUCGCCGAGUCGCUCAUGAUGCUGUACGGCUCGAGGACGCUCGCGCUGGGGGCGGGCCUCUUGUCCACGAGUUUCUGGGGCAGUCACAGGGCGUGUACGGCCCUGGUGUGGAGCGCGACGUUCGUCGCCCUGAUGGACGGGUUUGUGAGCAAGCGCCAGAUUGGAGGCGGGGAGUGGAAUCACUGGGGAUUUGUCCCGUUUGGAGCGAUCGUGGCGAGCUUGAUGAGCGGCAUUGCGGACUAA